AUGAGUGACGCAGAGAAGAUUCCCGCUGGACGCCGCAGUAGCCCUUCCCUCCGCCGUAAGCGUGGAUCCGAGGAUAUGUCUGCAGCAGGCGGAGGACUUCGAGUCGUAAACAUCUCCGAAGAAGCAGAAGAAGAAGAAAGAUCCGAACCCUUACUAGAUCCCGACGAAGGCCUGAUGGAUGAUUCGGGAACCACCUCACCCGCCGAGGCGCUGCGUUAUAGUUCUCCCGUACAACCACAGAUGGCCCAGCAGCCUUCUUCCGCUUCUUCGCCGCCGAGUCUAUUCGACUUACAAGAAGAAGAAAUCACCGCUACCGAGCCGACGACAAUGCGAGGAGAAGAAGAAGACCAAGAAGAACAAGAACAAGACCUUUACGACUUAAAACCGCCACCCAUGCCUCCUUCGAAUGGACAGAAUAGUAAUCUGGAAACUCUCUCCAAAGCCCUCUUCUCACAGGAGCAUCUCGACCUCUUACUCCGGGAUCCGAAACUCUCCCUGAAAUUCCACCGCUUCCUCGAUCAAUAUCGCCCACAACACCAGCAACUUCUACGACAGUAUACCGAUAUCCGCAAAGCCGUUGCGGCGGUGAACUUUGCCAAUGCCGUCGUUGCCGGGUCAAUACGGCAACCCGCAGCGGCGGCUACACUGGACGCCGCAUUCGAGACGAAAACCAGAGAGAUCCUCGAUGGGCUGUUGGGAGAUGCCCUGCCGGCGUAUCUGACACAUUGUCUGGUCUUGCUGGUGACGGAUACGCUGGUCAAGGAGAUCACCGGGACCAGUUCGCCCAUCAUGCAUGCUUUGGUGCCGAGUCUGGCGGAGGUAUAUUGCAUUUCGGAUCCGCAUCGAGAAGGUAUGGAAUAUCCGGUCAUUUCUUGCGUUGGCGACAGUCAUAUCCAUGAGAACUAGAGCUGAAAUGCUGCUAUGCGACCUGCUGCUGGCACGAUUUCACGCUGUAAUGCUCUCGGAUGUGAAAUGGACAUUUCCCAAUGCGAAAAGUCCAGAAUGCUAUCAUCAUCAUACGUGGUUCUGCAAACGAGCUAACCUCCACGGCUUUCACUAGAUAACCCCAUCGUCUACGCCUCGGAGGAAUUCUACGCCACAACACAAUACAGCCAAGAACAAGUCAUCGGACGAAACUGUCGCUUCCUCCAAGGCCCCCAAACCUCCCCCGAAGCCAUCCGGAGACUCAUCGCCGCGCAGAAAAAGGGCGAGGAAAUCUGCGAGCUCGUCUUGAAUUACAAGCGCAACGGGACCCCCUUUUACAACCUACUGCUCAUCACGCCGCUGAAGGAUCACCGGAAUGCCGUGAGAUACUUCCUCGGGGCGCAGAUCGACGUCUCCUCGCUGAUCCGGGACGGGAACGGACUGGAAUCCUUCGCGCGGCUGUUGCAUGGGAAGAACGAAGAACGGGAGGAAAGAGGCUCUGUUUCGGGAGAUGAUAUGAGAGGUGCUGCUUCGUGGAGGGAACUGACGCUCUGGCUCUCCGAGGAGGAAAGGGAGUCCGUACGGAAUCGAGAAUCGACGACGACGACGACGGCUCCAGCGACGAGUUUCGUCUCACAGAAAGGGCCUGCUUCGGUGCGGUCAGCAGCAGCAGGUGGCGGUGGACGUCCGACGCCGGAUCGUUCGAGGAAUAGCAGAGUCGUCCUGGGGAUGGACGAAACACCAGCGCAAGGACCACCACCGCUCUGGCCAAAGGCGAAUCUGGGAUCUUCGGGACGCUUGCCAGGGGUGUAUCAGAACGUAAGUCGCGGAGCUCUCCUAUUUCGUUGGCACAUGCACAGCAUUUGGAAGAAAAAUCGUCCUUUUGAACUUACAAUCCAGCCGAUUCAUCACUGCCAUCUGAACUCCCCUUUACCCCUUCAUUCGCGACGAUCCUCAAAGGAAAAACCACCCCCCUUUCUCCCUCCCUUCCUCCUCCAAACCCUCCAACCAAAAAACCAAAAGCCUCCAUCAAAUCACAUCACUUCCCAUCACAACCAACUAACCGCACCCCCCCCUUCUACGAAAAAAACAGUACCUCCUCGUGCGCCCCGCCCCCAGCCUGCGAAUAACCUUCACCUCCCCAACCCUCCGCAUCCCCGGCCUACUACAGACGAAACUCCUCGACCGCAUCGCGGGCCCCCCGCGCAUCAAACAGAACCUCGAAGAAGCCCUCUCCAGAGGCACGACGGGCGUGACGGCCAAGAUUGCCUGGCUCACACGCACAGCAACAAUAGAGGGCGCGGGUGGGGAAUCGAAGAGUCGCUUCCUGCACUGCACGCCGCUGUUUGAUGCGAAUCAGGCCGUUGGGGUUUGGAUGGUGGUUGUUGUCGAGCCGGAGCAGAUUACGGGGGCGCUAAAUGGGAAUGGUGGUGGUGGGAAUGGUGGACAACAGUCUAGAGGUCCUUCGAGAGGAGGAGGGGGAGGAAUAGGAGUGGUGGAUGCCAUGACUUCGAAGCGCCUGUAUGCCGAAUACCUGCGAGAAGGGCAAGCGGCAGACGCCAGGCCCCGGACGCAAGAGACGACCUCCUCGGUGGCCAGGGAAGCCGUAGAGCAAUUUCGGGAUUUUUGA